AUGGCGUCGCUUCCCCCGCGACAGACGGCCAUUAGCAGAAGACGCUUUUCCCAACAUAGUGAAUCAUCCAGCACGUACGACGCAGGAGAGUCAAGCACACUAGAUUAUAGCCGAGAGUCAUCGACAUCCACGCAAUCCUCAGACGCUGUUUUCCUCAACCACUCGCCCUCACUUCAUCAAUCCGAAUCGGCCUUGCCAACGCCGCCACACAGCUCGUCGGAGGAGAUCAACAGAGAUACACCAGCGAAUGAACAUCAGCAACUGAAACAACAGAGCCAGGUAGUGGAGGAACCUAGGAAAUGCUGGAUCUGCUAUAGCGAUGAGACCGAAGACUUGCCGCACAGUUCAGAAUGGCGUUCUCCGUGUCCCUGUGCCUUGACUGCACAUGAAGCUUGUCUUUUAGACUGGCUAGCGGAGCUUGAGAAUCCCCGCACAAGCAGACAGAAUCGAGGCGACGUACGCAUGCAAUGUCCACAGUGCAAGUCCAAAAUUGUCAUCGCACGGCCUCGCAGUUAUAUAGUUGACAUUGUUCGCGCCUGUGAGAGACUUGCCGGUAAAUUGGUUAUUCCAGGGUUGGUUUUCACAUUUGCGGGAACGAUAUGGGCGGGUUGCUGUGCGCAUGGGGUUUACUCCAUGUAUCUCGUCUUUGGCACCGAGGAGGCGCAUACCAUUUUCGACCAUGGCACCGACAAUGCGUGGAGUCCUGUACGGAACGUGGGCAUCCCUUUUAUUCCUAUUGUCCUUAUAUUCUCGCGGAUGUCAUGGGCGGAUGGCGUCCUCCCAGCUAUUCCAGUCUUGUUUUUUGCGACUCAUAACCCAACUGGAUUCGAACACCAAGGCACUCUUUGGCCACCAAGUGCUUCCAUGACCUUUGCAGCUUUACCUUACGUCAAGAGUGCAUACAGCGCCCUUUACGAGAGAUUAUUUGGCAAGCUGGAGCGAAAAUGGAUCUCCGAAGUUCAACCUCGACACGGCGAAGAUGAGGAGCAGCAGGGCGAGCAGGAAAGAGGUGAUCAGCGCGCAGGUUUAGGCAUUGGGGGCAACGGGGGUAUUCUGAUGGAGAUCGACCUUGAAUUGCAGAUUGGCAUGGACGAUGACCGACAGGGCCAGGAGCAGCCUGCCAAUGCACCGGACAUGAAUAACCAAGACAAUAAUGCGGGACAGAUCAAUGAGGAUGGGCAAGCUGCAGGGCAAAAUCAGCAGGACAAUGACCAGCAGAUCUUAGGCCGACGUCGACAAGAGCUUAUUCAUGAUACAAGUAACCUCGCGGAUACAAUCCUUGGGGCUCUACUGUUUCCAGCCAUCUCAGCGGGAAUGGGCGGACUACUGAAACUAGCCUUACCAAAAUCAUGGACAACGCCGCCGUCAGUUUUUGAAAGAGGGAGAGCCGGACUUCUACAAAGCCGAUGGGGCCGCAGCGUAGUCGGUGGAUGCCUUUUUGUCCUCCUGAAGGAUGCAUUGGUGCUGUAUUGCCGAUGGAGGCUCGCUCAAACCCACCUUAUAUCAAACAUGCGACCACACUCUCCGAUUCUGGCCUCCUUGGCCAACGUCUUCAAAAUUCCGAUUUCAAGACCAGUCGCUUCCCCCAGCUCGGCUAUUCUACAGAGUCUCUCAAAUUCACAGCAAAAAUCCGCGUUUUCGACGACAUCUUCACUCGCCAAACGCAAAGGCACAUUUACUCCUGACAGGCGUAUUACUCUUAUAAGAUAUUUCCUCUGGCACCCACUCACUCCACGACCCCUUCGCUUCUCUCGAACCAGAUAUUUACGCCACUGGACAAUCCACCGCGCAUGGCAAUUGUUCCAGAACAAGCAGCGAAUCGCACACGAAACGGAACUUCAUCGCCAGCAGCAGGCCAUGUCCGCCGCGUGCGAGGAGUUGCGGACGGGAUGCGGUGAGCGUGGCGCAAAGCUCUUCCGUAUCUCCAUGAAUAAGAAGGGCGUGUUUACGGAUUUGUUCCCGAUUGAGUACGCGAGAUUGCAGACUGAGAGUCCGGCCAGGGACGGGUGGAAUCACGGAUGGAAGAGGACGUAA